AUGCCUCGUAAGCAAAAGAGAAAUCCUUUCUGUGGAGGUUCUAACAAAAGGAAAAGAAGAUGUAGCUCCACAGCAUUCUGUCAUGAGAAUGCAAAAUCACUCUCUUUGAGCGACAAAGKCUCUUACUAUAAUAGAGAAGAGCUUCUUAAGCGAAAUGAUAGUGCCAGUGCUAGUGCCAAGAAGCAUCUAGGCCGAAGCGAAGACGAAGAAUUGAACCAGGCGUCGAAGGAAGAGGAGGGAGAAGAAGAACGACAAAACAUCCUGUUGUUCUCUGGUUUGCUCAGCAUUUCGCCCUCUCCCUCUUCCUCGCCCUCUUCCUCGCCCUCUUCCUCGCCCUCUUCCUCGCCCUCUUCCUCACCCUCUUCCUCGCCCUCUUCCUCGGCCCACCUCAGUUGA